AUGGCAUUGAGCUACUAUUCAUCAUCAUCAAACUGGCCGGGAGAGCUCGAGCACCUGAAUUCAGAGAUUAACAUGUUUUCUGCUGCUGAUCAACUUGAUGAAGCAGAGUAUUUAACUGACAUCCUUGGCCUGAAUGAUAAUAACUGCCACCAUCACAACUCGAUUACUCUCCCUGAUUCUUACAACAUUGAUCCUUUCUUUCUUGCUUCUUCCCAUGACUCGUUUUAUGCAGAGAAUUACACUAACAUCGACAAUACCCUUUAUUCCAUUUUCCCUGAAAACGAUUAUUCCGAGCCUUACUCUGACACGAAACGCCAAAAGCUGUACGACGACGGAUGCUACCUUAACAGUAGCAGCUCUGAGAUUGAUGAUAACGGAUUGUUGCAGAGUUUAUGCAACGGUAUCGGGUUUUUCCCGGACCCGCCAAGUCUGCUUUCUCCUGAAAUUCUGUCUCCAGCGCCGUUGGGUUCCAGUUUUGGGUGUGAUAAUCCGCCUGUUUUCAGCAUCGGAAGCAGGGAGAUGAUGAAUGAGAAGAAGGGCGGGAGUGGAAGUAGCAAUAUUAGUAAUGGAGGUGGGGGAGGGUUAAAGGUGUCUGCUCAGAGCAUGGCUGCGAGGCAGAGGAGGAGGAAGAUUACAGAGAAAACUCAGGAGCUGGGGAAGCUUAUUCCUGGGGGACAAAAGAUGAACACUGCUGAAAUGUUUCAAGCUGCUUCCAAGUACAUCAAGUUCUUGCAAGCUCAAGUUGGAGUUCUUGAAUCCUUUGCUUCUUUAGUUGACAAUCAGGGCAAUGGGGAAGAAAUUCAGUAUGAAGAGCUUAAUCCUCUGCUUAGGUCUUCUCUGAUUCAAGAAAAACUCUACUCAAUGGACAAGUGUUUGGUCCCUGAAAAAUUUGUUCAAGCCAUUGCUAACGACAGUCGCAUUCAACCAAUCAUUGGUGCCUUCUUCAACGACUUCAAAGAACUGAUCGGUGGUGGCUAA